AUGCCGAAACUUUUCUGUCCUUUGCUCUGCUGGAGACUUUCCACAUGGAAAAGCCAAAAAACCUUUUCGCAGCCAGCCGGGUUUAUACCAGUGCAUCGUAUUACUUCCUUUUGCCACAGCCAGCAGGCUUCUUCCUUUCUGCCGUCCAACCACUUUACGCCACACCCUAGGCUUCAUUUUACACUGAAAUUACCUGCUGGAUACUUCCCUAAACGCAUAUACCUUUUUUACGAGGAAAAAGACAACAUGAGUAUGAACAAGAAAAAUACAAAGAAGACGUUUCAUAUUGACGAGUCAGAUCUUCUGUGCCAAAAUGGCUGUGGUUUCUAUGGUAACCCAGCCUGGCAAGGUUUCUGCUCAAAAUGCUACCGGGAAGUCUACCAAAGGGCCAAACAAGCACAAGUUCAACAUGAUGCCUUGCAGGAGGCCAAAAGUUCCAAUCAGCUGUGGAAACUUCCUGACAGAUUGGCUGGAGUACUUGGAGAUUCCCCACCUUCUUUCUCUAAAUUUGAAGAGAAAAAGACACAACAAACGAACAAACGAAGUCACACUGUAAAGUCGAUCUUCAAGCGACCAUCACAGAAAGGUGGGAAUAAUAUUUUUUUUAUUUUUUCAUAUUUUUCUUAUUUUCAUAUUUUUCUUAUUUUCAUAUUUUUCUUAUUUUCAUAUUUUUCUUAUUUUUAUUUUUUAUAUUUAUAUUUUUUUUUUUUUCUUUUUUUCCUUUUUCUUUUUUUCCUUUCUUUUUUCCCCUUUCUCCUUUUUUCUUAUUUUCCCCUUUUUUCUUUUUUUCAUAUUUUUUCUUUUUUUCCUUUUUUUCUUUUUUCCCUUUCUUUUUUUUUUUUUUUUCCUUUUUUUCCUUUUUUUUUUCCUUUUUUUUUCCUUUUUCCCCUUUCUCCUUUUUUUCUCCUUUUUCCCCUUUCUCCUUUUUCUCCUUUUUUCCCCUCUCCUUUUUUUCUCCUUUUUUCCCCUUUCUCCUUUUUUCCUUUUUUCCCCUUUCUCCUUUUUUCUCCUUUUUUCCCCCUUUCUCCUUUUUUCCUUUUUUUUUCCUUUCUCCUUUUUUCUCCUUUUUUCCCCUUUCCCUUUUUUUUCCUUUUUUCCCCUUUCUCCUUUUUUUCUCCUUUUUUUCCCCUUUCUCCUUUUUUUCUCCUUUUUUUCCCCUUUCUCCUUUUUUUCUCCUUUUUUUCCCCUUUCUCCUUUUUUUCUCCUUUUUUUCCCCUUUCUCCUUUUUUUCUCCUUUUUUUCCCUUUCUCCUUUUUUUUCUCCUUUUUUUUCCUUUCUCCUUUUUUUUCUUUUUUUCUCCUUUUUUCCCCCCCUCUCCUUUUUUCUCCUUUUUUUUUCCUUUUUUUUUUCUCCUUUUUCCCUUUUUUUUUUUUCUCCUUUUUUUUUUUCUUUUUUUUUUUUUUUCUUUCUUUUUUUUCUUUUCUUUUUUCUCUUUUUUUUUUUUUCUCUUUUUUCUCUUUUUUUUUCUUUUCUCCUUUUUUUUUCUUUUCUCCUUUUUUUUUUUUUCUCCUUUUUUUUUUUCCUUUACAUGUUUUGUCCAUUUCUCAUGUAUUUGCUCUUUCUGUUCUUAUUCUUUUUCUUAUCUAA